CUUUCUCCUUGGGAUGUCCGCAACCAUCUCUCUCCACUCUGUACACAUUAUCAAACUACUUUUUACUCUGUAUAUAUACCCCCCACACAUGCAACAUCCCCCUUGCAAAUCCUCGUUAGCUUCCCAUCUCUCUCUCUCUCUCUCUCUCUCUCCCUCCAACGAGCAUUAUACGCACAUGGCAGAACUAGACUACCAAACUAAGCCAAGCAAUAACACUCCCACGAGCACACGUUUAAAGCUCUUUGGCUUCAACGUCCAAGAAGAUGAAGAACUCGUCGACUCUUCCAAGACCCCAUCUGGUUCAUCAGAUUCAGGUGCUUUUCCUCCCUCCGGCGAUCGUAAAUAUGAGUGCCAGUAUUGCUGCCGAGAGUUCGCCAACUCACAAGCCCUCGGCGGCCACCAGAACGCUCACAAGAAAGAGAGGCAACAGCUCAAGCGGGCCCAGUUGCAAGCCACCCGAAACGCCGCCGUCGCUUACGUUCGGAACCCGAUCAUAUCUGCCUUCGCGCCGCCGCCGCAUCUCCUCGCCACUGCAGGCACAGUGGUGGUACCGGCUGGGGCUGGGGCUGCUCAGCCAUCUUGGGUCUACGUGCCACGCGCUGCGCCGCCGUUCCACGUCUCGCACGGGAGUGUGUUCACAACGACUAGUAAUAGUGGCACCCCAACGAGUCUUAGCAUGGGAGGGAGAGGUGCAGCGAUGUUAUCGUGCGCUGGCGCCGUAGGGGACUCGUCUGCAUUCACGAUGGGCUCCCAGGUAGCACAGGCCCGGGCACAUGGAAGAUCGGACGGGCCUUCAUUGAGUAGGUUCUCCAAAGGGGAUGGCGGACCCAGUUUUGAUGACGCAUUGGGCUUGGACUUGCAUCUCAGCCUUGCCCCGGCUGCGCCAUGACUCCACUAUCGGCUCGGCUCGGCUCAGCUUCAGUCACAAAUGAAUGAUUUGGGAUUUGUGGAGAGACAUCGAACGACAGUGAGAUAGGCUGGCUUAGAGGGCUCGCUUAGCUGUGAGAUCAGCCGAUGCUUUAUCAUGAUCCAAAAUCUGAUCUUGUACAUGAUUUUCCACAUUUAUUUAUUUAUUUAUUUUAAAAGGAAGUGAUUUCGAUAGCAGAACAACCCUCAUUAGCAAGAUUUAUUUUAUUUUAUUUUAUUUAUAAAAUCUGGUGAUCUUUAAUUGGA